ACAGGUGGCUGCGGCCCGCAGAAAGAGACUGCACGCGGCGGGCUUCUGGGGAGGUGGCGAGGGAAGGGCCGAGGGAGGGAGCUCCAGGGAACGUGGGGCGAGGGUGUCAGCGAGACAGCCAGUGCCACCGGGAAGGCGCUAGAGGGAACAGGCGCGGGUGCGCGCCAUGGCCCCGUCUUGCCGGCGGCGGCCCCUCCACCGCCUCCUCCAGCUUCUCGGGCUGUGCGUCCUGCUCGCCCCGCUACAGUUAACCCUCCAAAUCACUCUUCGGUGCAACAGUGAGAAGCAUUAUGAGCAUGAAGGAAGGUGCUGCACCAAAUGCGAUCCAGGAAAGUAUAUGUCUGCGAAAUGCACUGCAACCUCUGAAAGCAUAUGUUUACCUUGUGGCCCAGAUGAAUACAUACAUACCUGGAAUGAAGAAGAUAAGUGUUUGCUGCAUAAAGUUUGUGAUAGUGGAAAAGGUCUGAAAGUAGUUCAUCCUGGCAAUCGAACAUUCCCACGGCAGUGUGCCUGUACCCCUGGGUACCACUGGAGUGACGACUUUGACAGCUGUCAACGCAAUGGAAAAUGUGGCCCAGGCUUUGAAGCCGAAAAUCCUUUACAGCCAAACGAGGAUCCAGGAUGUAAGCCAUGCCUCAUGGGCUACUUCUCCAAUGCUUUUUCUUCCAAGUGUAAAUCCUGGACCAACUGCACCAGCCUUGGAAUGGUAGAGAAAACUCCUGGGACUGAUAAGUCAGAUGUGAUUUGUGAUCCUUUGCAACCUGAAAAACCAGUACAUGAAUCACCAAAAUACUUACACAAUAUAAUCUUUCUACUCCUCCUGGCAUGUUUGGCAGUAAUUACAGUCAUCAUCUUUGGGAUCUACUAUAGGAAGGAAGGGAAAGCGCUGACAGCUCAUCUGUGGCUUUGGAUCAAUGACACAUGCAGUAUCCUGAGACGAAAUAAGGAGUCAUCUGGUGAUAAUUUCAUCCAUACACACAUGACAACAUUGAGUGCUAGCCAAGCUUGUGAAGACAUUUUAUUAUGGACCCCAGAAGAAAAGAUGGUACCUGAAGACUCGUGUUAUCCACAGGGACAUGUUGUGUGUGGGGAAGCAGAUCCAUGUAAAGUGGAAGAUGCUGCCAUGCUGUCCUUAGUCAGUGAGACUGAGGAAGAUAACUUUAGGCAGAUUCCCACAGAAGAUGAAUAUGUGGACCGAGCUCCUCAUGGUUCUGAUUGUUUAUUGUUAUUGAGUAGGCCUGGAAGCAAGCCAGCUUCCCCUUUCUCAGAGCCCUUGGAGGUUGGGGAGAAUGACAGCUUAAGCCAGUGUUUCACUGGUACCGAAAGCACAAUGGAUUCAGAGAGCUCCUAUUGCACUAAAUCUUCAUGCAGGACUGACUCCAUCCAUAUUUCCUCUGAACUGUACUUGCAGAAAUCUUUCCACUGCAAUGACAGUAACCUUGCUAAGGAGGUGGAGAGCAGUGACAGGAAUCAUUGGGCAGCCGACCUUGACUUAACAAAUGGCUGUAGGGGCUGCAGGGAGCCUCUCAGGAAAUACACUGAAGCUUCUGAGAAGAAAGCUGACCACAUCAUAGCAUCCUUUGAGAAUGGACCUUUCCCACAGUGCGCCUGUGGCUCAGACCUUCCUCCAGAAAGUCAGAGUAGCCUGGCAAGUGAUGCUGAGGGUGAAGACUUGUCCUUUGAUGGGACUGAAGUGAAGUUCCCUAACACAAAAAGAGGCAGUUCUGGUUCAGGUGGUACCUCCAGCGACUCGCCUCUUGCAUCUGGAAAUGUGACUGGAAACAGUAACUCUACAUUUAUUUCAAGUGGGCAAGUAAUGAAUUUCAAGGGAGAUAUCAUUGUAGUCUACGUUAGUCAAAACUCCCAGGAGGGCCCCACCAUCCCAGGAACUGUGGGGGAAAAUGUUGGCAGCCCAGUGCAAGAGGAGAACACAAACCGCUGUGACACUUUUGCAGGGAAUGAUCUCAAUUUCAAAGAGAAAUGUGCUGAGAGCUCCCUGGGGAACUCUUCUGAGGAUAAAGCGCAGAACUGCUUGAGAGAACAUACUGGAAGAUCAGAGCCAAGGAUUCAAGAGGAAACCCAACAUGGCCCUGAUAAAGAGACCGACCAGAGCACAGCCUCUCAACCUGUGCAGGAGGAAGGAAGACCCAAAUCCCGUUCCCUGAAAGCUUGGCAGUGAUGGGAAGUUAAUACUGCUUCUGUCUCUUCCCAAAGGGUGUCAGAACUCAAAGAGCACCAGUCCAGGAGUCAGGAGACUGGGGAUCUAGUCUCAGAUCUGCUACCAGGUCAUGUGACCUCAGACAGGAAUUUCCCUUUUCUGGGUCUCAUUUGCUUCAUCUGUAGAGUGAGGGGUUCAUACUAGAUGCCUUGUAAAGUCUCAUUCCUCUCCAAAGGUUCAGUGAUUCUAGUCAUUCUCCCUGUUUAUUCUCAGUCAUGCACAUGCCCAUACAUAUAAUGUAAUAAGCAUAGAUCAGGGGUGUCAAAUUCAAAUCUACAAAUGGACCAGUUUUCAUCUUUGGAAAAUACUAGUGCAUGGCACAGAUGAUAAAUCUCAAGUAGGGUCAAAAUUAGGAGUCUGGGGGAUGGACAAUAGGUGGGAGUUGAUCCUUCUGUGACCCACCUGUUUAUGGGUCAUCACCUGUAAAUCCUUCUAUAAUUUGAUAGUUUGCUGUUUGGCUCAUUACUAAUCUGUAUCCUCUGUGUCCUUUUGAUCUUUUCCCUUUUAUUAUGAUAUCUGUGGCACUCUUUCUACCUUGCUCUUCACAGAUAGGGUUAAUUUUGAAAGCCCUAUUUUUGUAUUUCUGGUAACUGUACCUGUGCCUAUUGAAUUUACAGUUCCCGUGAUGGUUAAUGCCAUCAGCACAUGCUGCUCCUUCAUUCACAUUUGUCCCCAUGCUCGGCUGCCUGUAUUUCCCUUUUGUUGUCUUACCUGUCAUUUCUCCUGUUGUAUCCCUUUGAUUCCAUCUUGGUGACCACGUGGCCUUCUUCUGGGUGUACAUUUGUACACUUUCUGUCUCAACUAUUCUCGAUGUUUUUCGCUUUUUUAUUGACCACUUCUCAACAAUUCUAAGUGGUGCCUUCUUCCUGCUUUAAUUUUCUCUCUUUUGUAUAGACAAGACAUCUUCAUGUUUUGGAAAUAGCCUUUUGAGGGGUCUGUCUUGGAAGGCAGAGUGGUUUAGUAGAAAAAUCACUUUCUGUAAAAUUAGCGGGCCUAGGUUCAAAUCCCCACUUGUGUGAGCCUGGGCAAGCUACUUAACCUUCAUGGCCUCAGUUUCUUAAUCUGUAAAACAUAAGGGUUAGUAAAUGCCUUCUGAGAUCCAUUAAAGCUCUGGAUCUAUGAUCUUGUGUGUCUUGUCAGUCAUAAAUUCUUUGGGACCAGAAAUAUUAAAAAAAAAAAAAAGCUUUAGGAAAACACUGGAAAAUUUGAGAACAAAAAUUUUCCCCAUGUGGACUUUUUCAGUUUUUCCUUUUUUUUUUAAGCAGGAGAUAACACAAUUUUUUCCUCUGAAACGUUCUGCUCUUCCUCACUCUAAGCCAAGCUUUCCUAUCUCUCAAUAGAACUAAAUAUAGGCAUUCUAAAAUAUAAUUGAAUUGUUGAGUGCCAUUUGACACUCUUGUUCUAGAUGUUUUUGUUUGUUUUGUUUUAUUUUUUAGCAACUAAAUGGCAGGGAAAAAAAUCCAAGUCACCAUGAAUUAUGGCCCCUAAAUGUCUUUUUGGAAAGACACUCAGGGGCCAUAAAAUGAUGAAGAUGGGCUAAAUGAUCUCUUUAAACUUCCUUGUAGCUCUAAUACUCUAGGAUGCCAUGAUCCUAGAGUUCUGAGCUAACCAGGUUAUUUUUACUGUCACUUUCAUUCAAUUAGUGUGAACUAUAACUCUGUGCCUCUAUUUUCUAACUUAAAGGGAGAGACAGAGACAUGUAUAACACAGUGUCCAGAAAGUUAGCCCUCUAAGGCAGAAAGACUUGAGUUCAAAUCCUGCUUCUGACACAUUACUGGCUGUGAGAUUCUGGGCAAGUCCUUUAACUUCUUAGUGCCCCUGGGAGCUCUCUAAGACCAAAGUUGCAGAGCAACUAUUGAUCUACAUUGGUAGAGGGAAUUUCCCCACUGGGAGUUCCCUACACCAUUGAAACCACAACUUUCCCCUUCCCUACACCCCUUGGAACCACAAGACCCCCCCCUCCAAAAAAAAUGGGUAUAAUGAUACCUGUCAAAUUUUUUUUCUACGUAGAACUAUCAUGAGAAUGAGAGGAAAAUGUUGGGAAAGUUCUUUGAGAUCCUUAAUGGAAGGUGCUAUAAAAUAUAGGAGGGAAAAAAGAGGUAGGAUUUUCCUUCUUGACUCCUGUUUGUUUUUCAUGUUAUUGCUAAAAAUAAAUAAGAAAUUAGAAAUCAAUCAUUUGGGAAAGCUAAGUCUAUACCUGACACCACUGUAUACCACAGAGAUGUAUACUACUGAUGUAAGCAGAAUGAGAAUAGAAAUUGGUGGAAGGUUGUUAACUUAAUAUUAAACUGAUAUUUGACCUAAAAUGUUGCUCUUUGAUAGCUUGGUGAAAUGUGAAUCUUUACAAGAUCAUUUCCUAAUUUUUUCACGUAUAGCAUCUCUCUUCCUAUUUCUAUGAUCCUCAGUGGUUUGCUCUUGGUCCUCUCGCCAGAAAAGCUAGAUAGAAGACGCUGCUGCGGGAACACCAUCACCUCAUCUAUUUAGUUUACUCCUUUCUUGACUUUACCAGAUAACUCCUCAAAGUUCAUCCUAUGAAAUGCUAGAAGGGAAGAAGUUUCUUCUCCACACUUACCUUUGAUACCAGGAAAUGCAAGAUUUUGUGUUCGUUUUUAAUCCAAGGGGAAGGUAUAAACCGGCCAGAUUUCAGGUUCAGAGUAACCCUUCCCCUACUUCACCAGCACACACCUCCCUUGUGCUUUUGCAAAAUGAAUUCUAUGCUAAUGCUCCUACAAUACAUCAUUUCAUAAAAACAAUUAUAAAAUGAGUUCCUGCCCCCUAACAUCCAGAAGGGGGCGCUGUCCAGCCUGUGGUCAGAAGCUGAGAAAGCUGGAGGAAGCUGAUAAAGGGGACCAAUAAUUUAUAGACUGGAAUCUUAAGGGUUCGGAAGGCUCUUAGAGGGGGAAAAUUUCCAGGUCCUCCUGAGUUAGUAUGUGGUAGUGUCCCUAACCAAUUUUGUUGGAAGCAUUGUGAAUUCCUGGAACUUAAGUGAAAUUAUUUAUGUAAACAUAAAAUUUCAUUCUAAAGCCAAGUACAAAUAAUGUUUAGAAAUACAAAUGAUGCUUGGAUUCCUUGUGUUCCAAGAGGUUGCAGGACUGCUUGCUGGAGCUUAAUCCACUGGGCAUGAUACCAAAGGGGAUGGCUUGAAAAGUCCUUCCCAAGUCUAGAAUUCUACAAUCUAUAAUUACUGAUCUCUUCCAUUUGGACAGAUAAUCAAAAAUUGCCUGUAUUUAUAUAAAAUCUAGAAGACUGAUAGAAUUGUUUUAUACUUGGGCAGAGUGAGUGAAGGGGUUUGUCUCUUUUUACAGGAAUGGGUUAGAAAUUUAGUAUUUACCAGAUGACUAAUUCAGCAAAUUAAUUUGUUGGCAUUUACAAUGUUAGGAGAGAGUAAUAGCCUUCAACAAAUUAAUUUGGCCUCAAGAAAGAAAUAUGAUUGUUUUGAGGGGGUUUUUUUGCUACAUGAGAAGUUAUGAUACAAUAAGAGACUAAAUGCAUGAUUUCAUUCAUAUGGGGAAAUCUCAAAUGGGGGGACUUUCUCUAUCAAUGUAGGUUAGCAUCUUUAGAACCUUUUGUGCAAGCUAGGGUCUAAGAGAGUUUCCUACACUGUUGAGAGAUUAAGGGACUUGUCCAGUGUCACAAAACUAGUGUGUAUCAGAGGUGGGCUUGAAACCUCAAUCUUUCUGCCUCUGAGGCGGGCUCUCUGUCCAUUACACCAUACCUCAUCUGCUUAAUGUGAAGAAACUCUAUACUUAGAAUGGAUAUAAUCAUGGAAUGUUGUCCUAAAUUCCAGGGGGAGUGGGAAGGGGAAGGAAAAAAAGUGCAAAUAAAUCAUUGAACAAAUUUGGUUUAAUUGGCAUGGACAUUCUAUUUUGGUGGUGGAGAAAGAAGGAAACUUUCUAGAAGAGAUCCUAAGCAGAGAAAGUAGGGCCAAACUGCUUGAAAGAAACCAGACACUGCAGCAACUGUUUUUUCCUUUAAGCUUUGUAUAAACACAAGGACAAGGAAGCAGGGCAAUAAAGUUCACUUCAUUUUCUUGGUGAAUCAGCUUUUAGAAUCCUGUUUCUCAGGCUGCUGAGAGGAAUAAUCAAUAAAAAACAGUGUUGAAGUAGUUUGCAAACAUAAAGCUUUAUCGAGCUGCAAAGUAAUGAUAAUUAGCCUGGGCAAGAUGUAGGCAGAACAGUUUUACAACAUGGGUAACUGAAACUUAGGGAGUAACUGAAAGUGCCAGUGAAGGCAGAACUAGAAUUUGCAAUGCAUUAGUCUGUAUCACAGCCCGAAGCUUAAAUUACAACUUUGGUAAUAAUCCUUUUGUGCUAAUAUCCUGGGGAGUUGAAUGCACCAAGAGUCCAAGGCCCAGGAAAUAUGUGAGUGUCACAUUCUUCAAUAAAUCAAAAGGUCUCUGGUUUUAUUGGUGAGGACAUUCAGCCCAUCUCUCCACACCCUAAUAGUCAAUUUCCUGAGAUGCUAUGGCCAGUAAUAUUCAUUGCCUGGUAAGUGAAGUUUCUAGGGAUUGCUUCUUCACAUUUAAUGAACUUGGUCCCUAACAUACAGAAUCUGCCACCAGGCCAAAAUUCAUUCUUUUCAUCUUAUUAGAACUUGUAAGAGCUUACUUUCUGCUAAGAUAUGGUCGUUUCAUCAUUGUACUAAUCAAUGCCUCUUAAUUACCUGUUGACUAAACUGUUUUGUAUUCAAGGUUCUUUAUAAUUUGGCUUCACUGUAUCUUUCCAGGUAUAUCUUACAAUCUUCCCUUCCUUCUAUUCCAGCUAAAUUGGUCUCAAUUCCCACUUCCACAUCUUUACUUAUUCUGAAUUACAUGUUAUACUUGGAAUCAAGUAAGUAAACAUUUAUUGACUGCUAGGUACUGGAAAAUGAAAGAGUCCCUACUCACAGGGCUUAUAUUCUAAAUGCUCUCCUUUCUCAUUUGCUGUUGAAUUUCUACUGCCACUGUCUUCCUGCUUCCAACUCAUUGUUCCCAGAAUUCUCUCUCACAUAUAUAUACCUGGUUAUACCACCCCUGUGUUCAAAAAGCUUCAGUGAUUUCCUUUUACCUCCAACUCCACUUCUUGGCCUUCAAAGGCCUCUACAACCUGAUGCUAUCCUGCAUUUCCAUCCUGUUAUUAUUUCUCUCCAUAUUCUCCUGCUAAACUUGAGGACUCUUAGUCCCCCAAACCUAUCUUGUGCUUUCCUACCUUUUUGCCUUUGCUCAAGCCCUUGACUAGUCUAGAAAGCUUUGUCUUCCCCUCUUUUCAGUCAUUUUCAACUCUUCAUGACCCCAUUUUGGGUUGUCUUGGC